UAUCGAAUUUUUGAAUAUUUUUUUUUCAUCGUCAAAAUGCACUCUUCACUGCGUUAACUAUUUUUUCAGUUCAAAAAGCAAAUAAAUAGAAAUGUCUCAAUUACAUUUCUUCGUGAUAAUCUCAAGUGUUAUUUUAAAUUCAGUCAUCAUUUUUGCUGAUUCAGAUGCAAAAAAGAUGAACCAAAAUCCAUCAGCAGAUCAGCAAAUAGAGUUUGAAGAAGAUUCUGGUGAUUCUGCUACAACUCACCUGGGAAAAAUGAAGUAUAGGCCUGUCGAAAACCAGCCAAAAUGCACUUACUUUUAUGACAAUAGAUCACCACUGUAUGAAGGCGGACUUGUCAACUGUUCAUGGUACACAUCAAAAGCCUGUUGUAAGCGUACUGAAGUGACAUCUGUAUUUUCUGCAAUGGAUCCCCUUUAUAGUGCAUCUGUCUUGUGUAGGAAUUACCUUAAUUAUUUGAUGUGUUUCUUCUGCAGUCCCGAUCAGUACAAGUUUUAUACACCCAACAAAAAAGUAGCUGUUUGCCUUGACUACUGCGAUUCUUUAUAUGAUGAAUGUAAAACAGCUGGUUUCAACAAAACACUAAUUGGUGAUGAAUAUGCCAAUGGAACAGCCUUUUGUGCAGCUCAAAAUUUUGAGGUUCAGGAAGGUGCCGAUUGUUUCAAGUUUGACCCCAAUGUUUUUGGACACUGCACCAAAAUGAUAGCUUGGCCUUUGUUAACAGUUUUAACUUUUCAAGUAUUUGUAAAAACUCUCAUGUAGACACAUUUCAAAGAAUCUUCCAGCUGUUGAAUGCAGUCAAACAUUUGGUCAUGUAAGGAUUAACAUUCAGAUGACUAAUGUGAUUUUUGUGUUUUGAGAAUUUUAACUGAUCUCACUGUUUAUACUUUAUUUAUUAUUACAGUAAAAUUAAGCUCAGGAGAUCAGAGCCCUAGGACACGUAUGAUAAGCCUGCCAAUACUAAGAUAUUAUCCAUAAGGGUUAUCUAUUACUUUUUAAGCUAUUUUUAAACAUGAUCACUGCCAUUCAAGUAUUUACAUAUUGUAUGCAGGAUAGAUAAAGUAUAGCAUUCAUUAACAAAUAAAUGUUAUAUUUAAUAUUUAGAUUCCCCAUGGGCUGCAUUCCCUCCCCACCCCCCAACCCAAGUUGACAGUACAGAUGAACUUUUAACAUUCCUAACAAAAACUGUUAAUUAACUUUCCAGGAACUAGAAAUAAUUCAUUUUGAAUGGGAUUUCUGGCCUAUCUUUGGCUUAGAUGUAAACACAUUUUAAAACACAAUCAAAAUGCAAUUUGAAGAAAUCAAUUUGAAUUUUAAUGAUUUUGUUUUAUUUUGCUACUUGUUGAAGAGAAUUUAAUGAAAACCUAGUGGAUAGAGCUGAAAAGAAAGUUUUUUAAAAGAAAAAUGUUAAUUACUCAAAUAAUUGUUUAAGAUAUUAUUAAAUAAUAGUAUUCAUUAAAGUUGUAUACUGUACAGUUGGGCAUAGUCAUUUUGUUCAUGUGCAAUAAUUAAUUUUAUGUUUACCUUUAUAAACAAUUUGUGAUAAGAAAGUAGAGUCUUUAUACUUUGUAUAUAACAAUAUUUUGUGUAAAAAUUGACACUUAGCAUGUUUUUGCACCAGCCAAUGUGUUCAGCUGUAGCUGCUUUUAAUUAAAAUGGACAAAGGGAAGUAAUAUGUUGUUGCUACAUUUUAGUCUGUUGAAGUCAUGUAAGAUAUACAAAUGUUAUUAGUUUACUAAGAAUAAUUUGAACUUGUCAUAUGUUCAGUUAAUAGAAAAAGUGUAUGUGAAAUUAACUAGCAUUAUUUAAAAUUAGUUAGAUCGAUAACUCUUUAUGACACCCAAACCACUGCUACUAAAGACACCAAGAUGAUGGGGUACACAUGGAGACCGUUGGAGAGACAAGCCCAGGACAGAGAUGCUUGGAAAGCUCUUGUAUUUUAUAAAUCCACUGCUGAUCAAAAAAAUAUUUGGUCCCAAAUGCAUAGUUUAUGAUAAUUUUUUUUUUUUUACAUCUGUGUAAAAGAGUAAAACAUACUUUUACAUUGUGCAUGAAAUUUAAAUCUAUAAGUAAAAUUACUUUAGAGUAAGCAAAGUAAAUCAUGGUGUAAGCAAAUUUUGCAUACAGAAACAUUCUAUGUAAUAAAUUAAU